GGUUCUUCCUGUUCUUUGACUGCGAGAGUGAGUCGAGUUCAGUUUCACUGUUUUGAAUCAAGAAUAAACUUCAUAACCAACUGCCUAUGUCUAUGUACGAUCCGUCCAGCGCCUCCAACAGGCCCAUCACUGGAGUGGCCUGGGCGUCCAACACCUCCACCUGCCCCAGUCAUUUCAGCCUGAUCAGUCAGACGGAAGAUGGAGGCUCCGCUAACUUCAUCCGAGGGUUUGCGAUGAAGUCGGGAUACUUCCUGUGUUACACUAAGGAUGCGUCCGGUGGGAUAGUCGUGGCAGAUGUGCUGUUGUUGUCGGAUAAAGAGGCGAUUCCUCACGGUUACUGUUACAUCCCAGAAUACCUGGAGCCCAAAGCGUCUGUCGGGAAGAAGAAGCGCAUCUGUGUGCGGGUGGUUCCAGUGGGCAUGGUUACGAUGGCGGUUCUAGAUCUCAAACUGACGGCGAAGAACAAGGCCAUGGUUCAGCAGUACACCUGCCUGGGGGACAUGAAUGGCUUCGUGGUGUGGUGUCUGAAGGGCCCGAUCUCCAGCCCGGGGCCUCAGGCCAAGCCUCGCAGUGUCAGUCUGGACCUGCGCAGUCUCUCGCUGGACGGAGCCGGACCCCCCCAGCCGCUCAAACCCAGCAACCUUCCCGAUGUCCCACCGAAAGUCACCCGUCGGCGCAGUAAGCUUGACGUGAGCAAGCCGACAGAGGGAGUGUAUGAGAACGGUAACCAUAGCAACAUCUACGGUAUCACAGCGAUGGAUGGUGUUCCUUUCACUCUACACCCCAAGUUUGAGUCUCAGUCAAACACAAAGGUGUCUGUGAUCACACUGAGUGACAUCCGGAUCAAAUCAGUGCAGGACAUUGAGAACGAGUAUAACUACACGUUUGCAGUGGAAGAGCAGGCGGCGAAGAGAAUACGCCCGUCGGUGUCCUGAGCGCGUCCCUUCUGUCUUCAUAUCAGCGCUGAUCGAUGCAAUCACACCGGGAAAUGAUGGUUCUUUCUGGUUUUAUGAUCAUGUGUUUCUCACACUACUGGUUCUGGCUGGGUUUGUUAAACAUGAAGGAUUUUCUGCAUGCAAACACACGUUAUGUAGAUGUGUUUGUGUAUGUUACGGUUUCGUCUGCGAAACACUAACAGGCGAAUCAAAGUGCAUCUCGACAGAGAUAUGUUAUAUUAUAAGGCCAGAAUGUUUUGGGAUUUUUGAGCUUUAGUUUAGUAUUUAAACAGUGUAUUUACACCUCUUUAUGUGUAAUGUGGGGACCAAAAAUGCUCUUUUAUUCUCUGAAUCACUCUUUUGUCUUUGAAUACUCUUACAUAUAUCAAAUGGUGCUCGGUGAUAUAGUCUUUUUACUUGCUCUGCUGAAAUUCUGUCUAUUUUGUGAAAUUUUAAUAAAAAUUAUUUAUAAAAUCAGA